ACGAGGAUGAGUGCAGUGCCGCCGUUCAUUCCACGAGUCACAUCCACUGCCAAGGUGCUUGUCAUAGGUACGCAAGCAUCACAACAAGUGCAUUCACGUGCAGAUCUUCCGUUGUUUUGUUUUCAGGCGGCACAGGGCGUGUGGGCGGGUCAGUGGUCCGGGCGCUUCGCGAGAUGGUGCCGCAGGAGCCGCCUCUAGCGGGGAUGCAGCCCAUCAUCGUUGUGGGUGGGCGCGACAGGGGGGCUUUCCUGCAGACCAGGGAGCGGCUGAUGGAGCAGGAUCUGGCGGCCAUGAUGACCGAGGGGAGAGAGUUCAGUGGCGAGGGGCUGUUUGGGUCCCGGGGAGGGGGCGAUGAAGGCGGUGGUGGCUUUGUGGAGGGCGAGCGGGUGCAGCUGGGGGGAAACAGGUGGGUGAAACGGAUAGCUGCAGUAGGAUAUGUCACUACACUGGUGCCCGUGUGUGUCAGGCCGACCCUUAAAUUCUUCGAGGUCGACGCCACUGAUCCGUCGAGCGUCGCGCAUGCCAUCGAGUCGACAAGUUGUGACCUGGUGGUGCACACGGCAGGGCCCUUCCAGCGGUCGACCAGAGCAGCUGUGUUGGAGGGCCUCUUGAGAAGCGGACACAAAUGCGGCUAUGUGGAUGUGUGUGACGACUACAGUGCUGCCAUGAUGGCCAAGCAGAUGCACGAAGAAGCCGUCAGCAAGGGAGUCACGGCCAUCCUCUCCGGUGGGCUGGCUGAUUGAACCUGUUUCUCUGUGUUUACACACGCUUCAUAUGUUUCUUUUCCUUUCUGUUCAGGCGGCAUAUGGCCUGGUGUGUCCAACCUGAUGGCUCUGGAGGCUGCUGAGCUCCUUGGCGGGGUGGACAAGGUCGAGUCGACAGAAUUCUCCUUCUUCACCGCAGGCAGCGGGGGCGCAGGUGGGGACCUGGACACCGCGGACUGCCUGACCGCGUGACACUCUUCUGUCUGCUUCAUGUCUGCAGGUGCGACCCUCAUCAGCGCGACCUUUCUUAUCCUUGCCGAAAAGGUGCACAGAAACGACCCACAUCCAUCGUAAGCGAACGUCAUCUUUGCGUGCGUGUUGUCUGUGCGAAGGCCCUUGCAUACGAGAAGGGCGAGGCCGUGCACUAUCCCGCCGGCAGCGGCAUCCGCUCAGUCGACUUUGGCGAGAGCAUCGGGUCGAGGAAGGUCUACCGAAUAAACCUGCUGGAGGUGAGUUAGGCACACAAACGAAAGCCUUGCUAUGUCCAGCCAAGUGUGGGAGAAUGUCUGAGUGUGACUUCUUCAGACCGAGUCGUGUCAUCACGUGUUGGGUGUGCCGAACACGAGCACUUACUUCGCCACCGCUCCCGAGUUCUGGAACGACCUGCUGCGGUUGACGACCCUCCUGCCGUCAGACAUACUCGGUGAGCACUGACUCGCCGACGGACAUUGCGGGCGACACUGACAGCAUGGUGGUCGUGCUGUAUGUCUGUCUGCAGGGAAUCGCGAGCUGAUGUACAGCUUUUCUGACUUCUCGAUGCCUGUGAUCCGAGCAGUCGAUGCAUUCGUGGGCGCGGCGAACGCGAUGCGAGUGGAUGCACGGGAUAAGAACGGCAGGUACAACGAAACCCGCACAUGGGAAUGGGCUAUUAGAGCAAAGAUCGACGGAUGAGUGUGUGUGCGUUGUCUUCAGGCACGCGGUGUGUCUGUACGGCCACAGCGAUCUCGAAGGUGAAACGCCGAAAGAGGAUGGACACGCCAAAGGGCAGAGGUAAACCCACCUGUCUGUCCUUUCUGUCCCUUCAGUUUGUGUGGGCGAGGCAGUGGCGUCAUUCGCCAUCGAGCUGCUCCUGCAGCGCAUCACGGGAGGCCCGCCAGCCGUCCCUCCCGGCGUGUGGCUGCCAGAGGAGACAUGCAAGAACGACAAGGCCCUCAGAGAGCGGAUUGUGCGGCGAAGCGCGCGGACAGCGUAUCAGUACGACAGCUACGUCGUCAAGGAGGGCGAGAGGGAUGGCGAGAGGGAGGAGAGGAACCGAUUCGAGUCCAUCAGCAGGGGCAUCAUGGCUGGGCGGUAGCCUGGGAGAGAGGAGGCAGGCAUCCGUGAGGGAGAAAGUUUUUGUAGUAAGAGACACGAGAGCGAAUUUUUCGCCGGAAGCAGUAUCUCAAAUAGGGUAUCUAGGAUGCGUAGCAUGAGUGAAGACGAAAGGUAUUCGAGUAUAACUUAUGGAGACUGAUUGAAUCUCUGCGCAGCUAUCUUAAGAUGUGAG